UUUUAUAACCAUCGGACUAUUCUUCUUGGUGACUCUUGAGCGUCUGAAAUCUGAUUGUCUUGCUCAUAUAAUAUCACAAGCUUCGAAGCCUGACCUAAGGCUCAUCAACACAAGAUGGAUUCAUCGGAUAGGUCGCAAUCAACGACAGAAGCAUACGAGACCGAAACCAAAGAAAUGCACGAAACCACUUGGAGCUCGACAAGUUCAUCGAACGCUUCCCUCAGAUCGAUCAAAAGAGAGGAAAGCCCAGAUAGCCAAAACGACCAUACCGUAGCUUUUGCCGACCUCGAGCCUACCGCGUCCAGAAGUAUUCCACCUCCACCGCGGUCGCAGUCUACUUUCUUCGACCCGGGUUUUGAGAUCAAGUGGGAGGAGAAUGAUGUCGAGAACCCUAAGAACUGGUCGGUCUGGAGGAAGGCGCAUACCAUCUUCGCUUGUACAGUAGCAAGUUGUACAGUUGUGUUGUACUCGUCUGCGUAUACCUCUGGUAUCUCGGGCGCGCAUAGCAUGACGGCAGAGCUCGACGUAUCUAAUUCGACAGUAUCUCUGCUAGGCCUCACAACAUAUCUGUUCGGUAUGGCCGCCGGGAGCAUGAUCUGGGCUCCGCUAAGUGAAAUGCUCGGACGUCGACCGGUCUACAUCGCAACGCUUUUCGCCUUUAUGUUUUUCAUCCUGCCUUGCGCCCUUGCAAAGAAUGUAGGGACAAUCCUCGUAUGUCGCUUCUUCGCUGCAAUGGUUGGAUGCUCGGUUGUGUCGAACUCGCCCGGUACGAUCAACGAUGUCUCGACAGACAAGCAUAGGGCCUUCACCUUCAGUAUCUGGUGCAUUGGACUCAUGAAUGGGCCCGUCAUAGGACCCUUGGUCGGCGGCUUUGUGUUCGACAACCUGGGCUGGAGGUGGAUCCAUUGGCUCACGCUCAUCUUGGCUGGUGUCUCGUUUCUCCUGAUGGCAACCGUGCCUGAGACCUAUGGCCCAACUCUUCUGAGACGCCGCACGGAGAAGAAGAGAAAGGAGACUGGCGAUGUGCAGUGGUGGAGCAAGCAUGAUGAGAAGCGAGCAUUUUGGCCUUUGCUUGGAGCAUCGCUCUGGAGACCGAUUUAUCUCACCGCGUCUGAGCCAAUUCUUUGGUUCUGGGAUCUCUACAUCUUGAUCAUCUACUCGAUGAACUACUUGACGUUUGUCAUCUAUCCAAGAGUGUUUGAAGGGCUCCGUGGAUGGUCGACUGGGCAGACUGGACUCUCAUACCUCGGUAUCGGUGUUGGCAACGUACUGGUGAUUGCAUGCGAGCCACUGCUCAGAAAGAUGGUCCAGCGAAAGAAGCUCGAUGCUCAUGGUAAACCAACACCCGAGUCGCCAGUAUUCAUCGUGUGCAUCGGCGCAUGCUUGGUGCCCAUUGGCGGACUGGUGUUUGCCUGGACCUGCACACCAGACGUGCACUACAUCUGGCCUAUCCUUUCUGGUAUCCCAUUCGGAGCAGGCACGACAGCGACAUUCAUCUAUGGAUCCAACUACAUAGGACGUAGUUAUGGCAUGUAUGCAGCUUCAGCCAUGGCUGGAAAUGUUUUGACAAGAACGAUCGCAGGUGGAACAUUGCCUCUCGCUGGAGCAGCCAUGUACAAUGCAUUGGGGCCUCACUGGCAAGGAACACUUCUUGGUCUGCUGGAAGUGUUGAUUGUUCCUAUCCCGUUUGUCUUUUACAAGUACGGUCAUCUGAUCCGACUCAAGUCCAAGUUCAUCAGCAGAAUGGAGCAAGAGGCCAAAGGUGGAGAAAAGGGAGGGGCAUAAAAUGGAUAGACCAUAGACUUAGACUUAGACCUGGUAGAUGACUUGCAACGAAGUAAUGAGAACUAUUUAAGAUAAACAAGGAAAGAACGACCGAGAUCAAGUGGUGCCUGCUGUGGGAGUGGAGAAAGACGAUUGAGUUUG